AUGGAAGACCGGCGCCCUCGGCGCUUCGGCGCCAUGCGGCAGCACACGGCGCGCAUGACCGCAACUUCAAUAUCGCGCGACAGAUUGACAAACAAUUCUCGAUACUCUAAUACACUUGAAUUUGACACUGUAGCUUUAGAGCAGUCUAUCCCACGACAUCAUCACUAUAGUAGUAAUUGGGACGACAAUCACAAUCAAUUUGAUUUUGGCCAGGAAUCACCUCGUCAGCUUGAAGGACCUCAUGCGCCUUCUAAAUACAAAUCUGGUAGACCUAAAGCCAGUGGUCAAACGAUUGGAGUACCAGGAUCGUCUUUUGCUCGAACGUCGUCUACGUCAUCAAGUGUAUGCGUCACAGAUGGUGUUCUUACGAAUGUAUUUGUUCCACCAAAGACUCAAAGUGCAUUUCUUAAUAGUUUAACAAAGAGAAACGCGAUUGUGAACCAGAAAUCGGAAAGAACGAUGAAAACCAUGACACUCUCACCUUCCACAUCUUCAUUGGAAGUUACGAGUGCACCAGAGCCACUUGUUAAGGUUUCCAGACUAUCUGCUGGAUCUAGUGGGUGGAAAGACAGGAGAGUGAAGCAAGAUGAACCUAAGCCACGGACGCUUUUGACAAGUACAGCUAAGAAAGUGAUAAGGAAGGACCGGAAUUUGUCGGAUUUAGCUGAAAGCCAUUAUUCCUUACGGGAUCGAAGCAAAAGCAGUCUGUUUGAGAAUUUGCUGACCUCAAUCUCCUCAAAUCCUUUUCGCACGAAACUUGGCAAGAGAAAACUCAAUAGCGAAGGGUCAGCGGCAAAACCCAUUGCGUUGGACUCGGACUCAGAGUCUGAAUUACAGUCUGAUGACGCUAGGAAAAGUGACAAUAUUAUUGAGAAUGAUGUGAAUGGAAAUCAGGUGGAAAAAGACGCGGAAGUACCAGCAAUCGAUCUGAACGAAAUUCUUGUGCAUGCCAUAGCACGAAUUGACGGUUGCGAUCUCAUGAUUGGCCGCUUUCAGUGUAUCGUUGAUAUGGUUGUCGCUCGUGAUUGGCUCUGUUUGCUAAAUAUCCGGGGAAAACAUGAACAAUGGCCUUUACAAGAAUUUUAUAUUUUGAGCUUGGAUCACCUCGAAGAUGUGAGAAUCUACACUGUACCGACGGGAAUAGAGACUUACACUGGACUGAAGAUAACAGAAACUGAUCGAAUCGAUCAAUUGUUGAAUGAAGCAGCGUAUGUAGCAAUAAAAUUGCCAUUCUUCAACGUCCAAGAUCAGAAAGCGAUGGAGACAUUUUACGACCCCACAAGCUCAGAUACUUUAAAAGGAUACAUAGUUGUUUGCCCUUUGAAUUACACAAUGUGCGAAGGUUGGAUUCGAAUAUUAGAAGUUUUUCAGUCCCGAGUAUGCGUUAAAAUAAUUGAGAAGGAGCAAGCGAGAGAACAUCUUCAGGCGCUAAUGGAAAAUUCUCUUAGCUAUAAGUGUCUUCACCCAACAAAUGAUACGGAAAACCACAGUCCGUCGGAAUCCGACGAAAAUGAAGCAGACAGGAACAUGACAGUGCUGACAUACCCUUUGCCUCCUUGUACCUCGGAUAUUGUCACGAUUGUUCGACGUGAUGUGGCACGAUUAAACCCCAGACGAUACCUGAAUGACAAUAUUAUAGAUUAUUAUUUUAAACGCAUGAUGCUGACAAGUUAUAAGGAUAACGAAGUGAUUCAAAAGAAGGUGCUUUUCUUAAGCUCGCAUUUUUACACGCGACUUCGAGCAGGAAAAGGCUCGACCACUCAUGAGCGCAUGAAAGCUGGCUAUAAAAACGUGUCGACGUGGCUUGCACGCACCGAUUUCUUUGAUCGCUCAAUCAUAUUUAUUCCUAUCAACAAGGACUUGCACUGGAGUCUUGCAGUAAUUUUAAAUCCUGGUCUUGCACGAUCUGAUACGAGCACUGAGAAGGCUGGACGCAUUUAUUUGAAGCGUCAAACUACUCAGCAUGGAGAUGGCGGAAGGCGACAACGUCUUGCAUCAUUGCAUCGAAGUACUCAACAUUAG